UUGUGUAAAUGGCGACAUGUGCUUGUAGAAAAAGCUGGGUUUCUCUUGCCAUGUACGUCAGCAAGUUAAUUCAUUGACAUUCUGUUAUACUGUGAAUUACAGCAAAGGAUAUCUCGUCAGACGUGUUUUUGUUCCUCGGAGUUGAAUAAAUUUCAAGUUUUCAACCAACAACCUGGAAAGUCUGAGUUGCAGACCACCAUAUGAAGACAACGUGGCUUCAGUGUUUCUGAUUUGGAAAUAAUUAAAAGACUUUAUUUUGUGACAUUUGAGGAACACAGUAUAGUAUCAAGUGAGAGGGAGUCACUGUUUGUAAGCGAAAAAAUCAAUGCACAGGAAAAGGAAAUAGUAACACCACAUAUGAUAUUGGGUCGAAGAGAAAGAUUGCAUUAGCGAAUGUCAAAGCGAGGCUCUGUACUAACGUGACAUUCUUGGUUUGUUUACUAUUUCUGACCUACAGUAACGAAGUGUUGUUGACCAUUACAGGCGAUCAAAAGAAUAAAAAUGCAAUUAAUGUGUAAUAAUUUCGACAAGUAAACGACGAAUUUUUCGUUCAAAGAAGACAUAGCUGUUAAAAAACUUUACCAUCUGGUGAAACAGCUUUGUGCCUUAGAAAUAUGGCGGCUGUAAGUGUAAGUAGUGCUUCCAGUUCAAAUGAGAGUUUUCACUCUGAUAAAAACACUGUCACUCGUCAAAGCAGUAAUCCAGAGCUGGAGAGACCAAACCCUUGGAAGAAAAAAGAAGUUGUACCCCCAGAACCUGCUGAUAAAGCAAAGGACCCUCCCCCAGCAGUUGCCCCUCCAAAAGAGGAUGGGGAUGCUAAGCCAGAAAAGGGAGAGAAGGAACCCAAGGAACCUGUAGUGAAAAAGUUUGACAAUAAGACUUAUGUGGAGGCCCCACUGCCCAAGACUAACCCUUGGAAUAAAGGAAAGAAGGGCUCAGCACAGUCAGCUGCCCCAACCUCUCCAGCACCUGUUGCCAAAGCCCCAGUGGUCAAACCAGAACCAGUUGAAGUAGCAAAACAGAAACCAGUCGUAAAGCCAGAUGCUGAAGUAGUUCAGGAAAAACCAGUCGAAAAGCCAUCAGCUCCCCUGAGUGAUGAAAACUGGCCAGCUCUGGCUGAGGUGACAGAGGUGUUGGUCCCAAAGAAAACCCCAACCAUGAAAUCGACCAAUCAGCAGCAGACAAACGCCCAGCAGCAGCAGGCUUCAUCCGAUUCAGGAGGAGACGACUCCUCUAAGGAGAACAAGGAGGUUCACUCUGGUGGGGAGGAUUCGCAUCAGCAGCCGAAGAGGAAAAGCCGAAUAUCCUCAAAACAGAAGUGGGUGCCAUUAAACAUAGAAACCAAGAGGAGUCGUAGCCACGGCCGGGCAAAUCCCAGGGAGUCGAGGCGAGGAGGGAAAGAGGACAAAGGUUCUGACAGCAAAAAUUGGAGAGAUGACAUGAGACCCCCUAGCCCGAGGGAGGGAAGAGGUUUCCGUGGAUACGGAUUUCGAGGCAGGGGCCGGGGUAGAGGAAGAGGCAGAGGAGGUAGAGGAAGAGGCAUGGAUCAGACUGUGGAAAACCUCACAGGACAAGACUUCAAGUACUCGUAUGAUGGGGAGCAGUUUUAUACUGACCCAGCUGCUGCGAGUCCCACGGCAGGCGGUCUCUCUCCCUCAGGUUUCGGAACGGUGUACUUCAACAAUCCUUACACUACUGAUGAAACAACACUGAAGGAGUUUGUCAGGAAACAAAUUGAGUACUAUUUCAGUGAUGAGAAUUUACAGCGUGACUUUUUCCUGAGACGUAGAAUGGACACGGAUGGAUGGAUUCCCAUCAGUCUCAUUGCCAGCUUCCACCGUGUUCAGGCCCUGACACAGGACGUAAACCUGAUUAUACAGGCUUUGAAAGAAAGUGAAACAUUGGAGAUGUCGGCUGACAAUUUGAAAGUUCGAGGGAAAGAGGACCCUACCAAAUGGCCCCUACAGGGGUCAGUGGGGCUGAGUAUCUCCUCUAAACUCCAUGCUGAUGUCCCGGAGUUCGUCCCCGGCAAGGCUUACACAUUCCACCCCGACGAUAGUGGCAUUUCUCACGAUACCGAAGAUUUCCACGAGGAAAUGAGUAACAGGAAUGGGAUGGGUUACCUGAUGGACGACCUGACAAAGUACGACCCGGUGGGUCACUCGGUCCUCUCUUCCAGCGCUCCGGAGCUCCACGGAGAGUGGAUGGAGGUCAAACGCAAGGUCCGAUUGGCCAAAAAGAAAGAGGAGAAGGAAGCAGAAGGAGAUGUGUCUAUUUCAAAGGAAGAUGAGAAAGAGGAGCUGGAUUUUAUGUUUGAUGAAGAAAUGGAUGGACUGGAAGUAGGACGCAGAAAUCAGUUCUCUGAAUGGUCUGAUGAAGACUCAGACUACGAGAUCACAGACCAGGAUGUCAAUAAGAUCCUGAUUGUGACCCAGACACCUCCUGCCUUCAAGAAGCACCCCCAGGGGGACAGGACUGGGGAUCACAUCAGCAGAGCUAAGAUGACCUCUAAUAUGACCAAGGUCAUCAAUGAUGGCCUCUUCUAUUACGAGCAGGACCUACACGAAACAUUAGACAUGGAUUUUGGUCAGUUUCGGACAGUCAAUGUAAUAACUCAGGAAGAAUUUCAAAGUAUUACCCCCAGUGUCUCUACCCCACACCAACAGGUGCCCCCACCCCCUCCAGUCUCCUUACAGUCAACUGCCAAAAAAGUACCGACACCACCCCUCAGUGAUGCCAAUGGUGCAAUUCUCGCUCAGUCACUGCCAGCCAAUGUGCCCAUUACCCCGGGCAGACGAGACAUGGGGCCCCGCACCCCCCGCAGUAAGACUGACGAUCAGACUCCCCGGUUCUACCCUGUCAUGAAGGACUCUAGUCACCCCCCAGAUCCACAGACUCCCAGAAAGAAAAAAACCAGGCACAGCAGUAACCCUCCAGUCGAGAGCCACGUGGGAUGGGUGAUGGACGCCAGGGAGCAUCGCCCGUCUCGAUCUCGAAACAACUCAAUGUCUCAGAGCCCUACAGAAAGUCAAAUAUCAACAGCUUUCGGCAGCUAUGGAAGUACACCACAUGCAUUUCCUAACUUCCACCAUCCUUCACAUGAACUUCUGCAAGAUAAUGGAUUCGUGUGGCAUGUGUACCAUAAAUAUCAUUCCAAAUGUUUGAAAGAUCGUAAAAAGCUUGGUCCUGGUCUCUCCCCUGAGAUGAACACCAUGUUUCGAUUUUGGUCCUUUUUCCUACGACAACAUUUCAAUAAGAAGAUGUACACAGAGUUUCAUCAGUACGCUGUAGAAGAUGCAGCUGCUGGCUACAGGUAUGGCCUUGAGUGCCUAUUUCGGUUUUAUAGUUACGGGUUAGAGAAGAGGUUUAGGCCAGAUUUGUACAAAGACUUCCAAGAAGAAACUAUACGAGACUAUGAAAAUGGUCAGCUGUAUGGUCUGGAGAAAUUCUGGGCAUUCUUGAAGUAUUCCAGAAGACAGGUGGAUGUUGAUCCCAAAGUACGCCAGUGGUUGUCCAAAUACAAACGCCUAGAAGAUUUUCGUGUAGAGAUGUUUGCUGACCAGGACGGCGGUCGACAGAGACACACCAGUACCUCCAGCAACAGGGAGCGCCACUUGUCUGGUUCCCAGAGGGAGCGCCACGCAUCUGGCUCCAAAAGUGCCAAAGCCAACCCCACUGUAAAACAGCAACAGCAGAAAGCCAAGGAGACGCGCCGGGAAAGGACAGUGUCUGAUUCCCAGUCUGUACAGAAGUCGCGAUACGGUGGCCCAGGAAGGCGGGACUACCGACCGUACACCGGGCACCAGGACAGGAAACCCCGCCCAGAGUCAGCUCAGUCUUCCAACCAAGGCAAACCAUCGCAGGCAAAGCAGGAAAAAAGCGAGUCUGUGAAAAAAGACGAUAAAACCGACUCCUCCAAAUCAAUACAAAACAAGGAGAAAAGUGAACAGUCAAAGCUUUCUGCCAAAACAGAUCAGUCUAAGGCAGAAGUAACAGCCAAGAAAGACCAGUCAAAACCAGACAGUAAUUCAAAAAAGGAACACCCUAAACCGGGCAGUGUGAAACAGGAGAACCGACCAAAGUCAGGUCAGGGGAGGACGGAUAAAACGGCCAAAUCGUCGCCUUCACCAGGCCCGAAACACAACUCCAACCAGAAUUCAAAACCAGCCUCGACACAGAAACCGCAGGCAAACAGUAAAACCACAAAGUCAGCAGAUGCUCAACCGACUUCUCAAACCAAGACCUCAAAACCAGAAUCCAAGUCAUCUCAACCGAAGAGCCCACGGCCAGCUCAAAACCAAGCUAAAGACACCCCCUCUACAGAGAAGAGCAGUGAGACGAACACUCAGGCCGGUGAAAAGCAAACCUCUUGAUUUCAAUUUUUUUGGCAAGACUUCUUUUCAAAUCAUUCUCACCAUUUAAGUAUUUGACUCAAGAAGCAGUAUCAGCUUUACAAGCCUGUCCCACUUAUAUAGUGCUAAUGGGCUUCACAUAUUCAACUAGAUGCUCUGCAAAGAAAAAAAAAUUGUUAUGGAAUUCAUUGUUUUUAAUCAUUGUUGAUAUUUUUGUUACAAAGGCAUUCUUUUAUUAGCAUUUAUACAGUCUGUUGUUGUUAAAAAAUAGUUGUAGCUUUUGCACCUUUUUAAAUUUCUCAUCAAAGUGCACCAAUGUGGCACAAAUUGCUGGUUGUUUUUCUUUUUUUAACAAAUAUAAAAUAUAUAUCAAACACUCAUCUCUAGAUAUGUUAUCUCAAAGUGGAUGUAAGUACUUCCUUGCCAUAAUUGUACCAUUCACCAUCCAUUGCUGAUUAACAUAGUCCAUUAUGGUUGAAGUGCUAUAAUGUUUAUCGGGUAGGAACCCGAUUAAUCUAUCUAGAGAGGAAUUUUGGCUCUUUAGGACUGAAUUCAAGCUAUGCAAUAACAUUGUUCUCUGUGUGACAUUAAUACACUACCCAUUUAGCUCUUUCAGUUGGCAUGGUGUGUAAGUUAUUCAUCUCAUUCAGGCUUCAAAAAUUACAAGUCUACACACUGAAAUCACAGAUAUCAGGUUUUGUAAUUGAUUUUGCUGUCAAUCAAAUAAAUAUAUUACACACACACAACACACACACAUAAAAACGUGUCAACUUAAAACAAUAAACAGACCUCUUAGAAUAUUCAGGCAACUGAAUGAAUUAGUGAUGUAAUCCACAUAGUGGUUUGGAAGACUCAGUAGCAGGAGUGUAAUGAUGAAGUAAAUAUGUAUUCCUUUUGUACAUAUUAUCACAUAUAUACCCACAUUGAUGUCAUAGUCCUUGUGUUGAAGAUGAUGGACAUGUUUGUCCUAGUUUUGUCCAUUUCCUUUCAAAGGUCAAGGUCAAACUUGAGAAAUGGUAACUGUUCGGUUGGCGUUUGUCUUGGUAGAUGUAGAAAUUUGUCUAAUUUGUAGAGAGGGGUGUAACAGGAGUUGAGAAACAAGCAGUGUAAGAGCUUGCAGAUCAUGCAGUGUGUGGUUACGACACACUCGUACCUGCAGAGGAUAUUAAUCUUUAAUCGAGCUAGCCUUAAGUUUGGUUAAUACAAAAUAGCAUCAGCUUCAACAAGCACUUCAUUAUUUAGAAUAUGGGUAAAAUUUUUGAUAAGUUAAAAUUUCUGUGUUUAUUUAUUCAUUUUAAAUUGCUGCAAAACUAAGGGCAGUAUAAGGGGAAAAUGUGAAUGAAUGUAUGAAGUAACUUUUUGUACUUCUGACUAGUGCUUAUAAUGAAGAAUUCCAUUAUCAAAAAUUAUUUUUUAUAUUUUGAUGUAUUUUUGAAGCAGCAUGCCCAUAUAUCAAGAAUGUUCAAUUGCUUUGGUGGAAAAACUUGUAACCAAAUAUUGGGCUUGAUUAUUGUGUAUUUGUGGGAUUGAAGUGAUGUGUGUAUUGUAUAAUGUUGCAAGAGCUUAUCACUUUAUAUAUAUAUUGUUAAGUAACUUUACAUUGCUGUUUCUUUCUCGUGUGUAAUGUGACUUUUUUUGCAUUUAAAUGUAUUUUUUGAAGAGAAAAAAAAUUAAAAAGGAAAAAGUAAAAAAAAAAAAAAGUAAAGGAGAAUUUUUUUUCUGUUUGUUAUGUAAAUAGUUAUUUAAUAUGUCCCUGGUUAUGAUAUGAUAGCUUCCUCAUUAUUUCUAUAUAAUUGUGUUCACUGAUAUUUAAUUCUUCGUGUAAAAAAAGAAGAAAAGUAAAAUAACCACAUUGCAGAUACAGAAUGUAGAUUCUAUGUACCAUUUAUAUAAAUUACAUUGCUAAAUGAAAAUGUACUUGUUUGUUGAAUUUGUAUAGUGUUUUUAGCCAUUCCUUUUUGUUGUAAUUGGAUUUUAACCUUUUACUGUUUAAUGAAAUGAUUGCACGUUAACAUUGCUGAUAUUAUGACAUGUUAAAAUCAUGUGUAAAUUUGGGAAAUUGACCAAGGUACAUAACUUUUGUACAUACAAUUAUUAUGCAAUUUGAUUCUGUCGAGUGAAAAAACCAAGAAAUACUUGAUGUGAUUUUGUAACUAGUCUUCAGAAAUGUAAAGAAUGAUAGGAUAAUCUCAUUGUAUUGUGCAGUAUGAAUCAUAAUAAUGGUCAGGCGUAUCACAAUUGUAUCAUCCAUUUUGAUUAUAUAGAAAUUGGGGAUUUGGUUUUCUCUUUUAUUUUCCUUAUGGUGUAUCUACAUUUUCCAAUUUAUUUUUCUAAUUCAAAAGUAACCUUUAGUUAUCACAGUUUUCUGUAUAAAUCAAGGUUGUUCAAAUAUUUAAAGAUUAAACAGAAACUAAUGGCAAAUCUGAGCAAAUUGCAAUUGUGAUUUUGUGACAUAGGUGCUUGAAGACAUUGUACAGUUCUCAUAACAUUGAUGGAUGGGUUAGUAGCCAGCAUAAAUUGUCCAUACUGUAUGUUUUGUUGCUUAUGACUAUUAUUUUCAUAGUUAGUAGACACUAUUUAAAAAAAAAAAAAAGAAAUUAAAAAAAAUCGUCCCAAAAAAACUUCAA